AUGUGGACCUCUUUCAGUCCCAUACGUCGUCUGGUUGCUGAAGAUACCGUGGCCGUUGCCGAAGCGAACGCUGAACGAAUUGUUAUCAAAGUUUGUAACGACAUAAUCCAAUUUCAAAUCGCCAUUGAAAUCACCGACUGCGACACUGAGAACUCGUAAUAAUCCAGUAGCGUACGUCCCUUGACUAUUGAAG